AUGUUGGUACCACCUGAUAACUAUGGUCUGGUUGAGGAUGGACUCUAUAGAUGUAGCAAGCUAGAUGCCCUUAAUUGUGCAUUUUUGGAAACUUUGAGACUGCAAUCAAUCAUUUUGUUAGAUCCUGAGAAACCCCACAAAAAGCUCAGACAAUGGGCAGAGGAACAGGGAAUAGUUUUGCAUCACCUUGGUGGGAUAGGAAACAGCAAUAGUAUGAAUCCUGUUCAAGAUUUUAGUAUAAAAAAACAAGACUGGAUGCUUUUAAAGCCAACAAUGGUCAUUCGCAUAUUUGAACUGAUAUUAGACCAAAGAAAUUACAAUAUAUUAAUCGUUGACAAGACUGAAACUGUUGUUGGUAUACUUCGACGAAUUCAAAAAUGGAGUUUUUCUAGUAUUAUUGAAGAGUAUAGAUUGAAUGCUGGUGGUAAAUAUAAUUAUUUUGCCGAGAACUUUUUGGAACUAAUCACUGUUGAGCUGAAGUCGUAUAGGGAGGAGGUCCCAACUCAAGAAGAUCCCGAAGCUGAAACAGCUGAUGACAAACAAACCAAGGCUUCUCCUUCAGCUACUCCUGAGGCCGAAUCCGAAGCAAUAUCGAUUCCCAGCAAUCAUUACAGGCGAAUGAGUCACGGAAAUAGCUUCAACAAAUUUAGGAACAGCUUAGAAAGGAAGCUUUCCAGUGAUGGUGCAGAUAAUGCGGUAGAAGAAGAUUUAUCAGAGUCGUUGGGAAAAAGAUUAUCAUUAUCUGUUUCUCCUCAAAUUCCUAAAAAUUUGCUAAGACGGGUUGAACAGAGAAAACAAAAGAAGUACAAAGCAUCAAGUGAAUCAGAAUCCGAAACUGAAGAUUACCGAUAUUACAAAAGUAAUAACUAUGGAUACAUUCAAAAGGAUGUGGUGCUAAAAGUUAAGCUUCCACAGGAAGAGUAUCUUCCCGAAUGGUUUAUUAGAGGGAGGGAUUUGUGGGAAGCUCUCAAUGGUAACAGUAAGAUUAGCCGCUCUUCAAAUAAUGAGUCUGAAACCACUUGA